GCAGAGUGAGCUCCUGGGGCCUCUUCCUCUGGGUCAGAAUCACCUUUUCCUCCCACAGGACCCAGAAGAACAGCUCUGGAUGCUCUGCUCCCCUGGACCCCCCAUCCCACGAACCUACUAGGAUUUCAGGCUCCCCUCUCCUCCUCUCAGCCCAGGCUCUCCCUCCCCCAGGCCUCAGCAUGGGACGCCCACCGCCUGCUGCCAUGUGCACCUGGAUCUUCCUGCUCUUGCUGCUGGAAGCCUGUGCAGGGGUGGCGAUUCAACCUCUCCCUCCUGCUGCAGGGCACUGGAGGGCACAGGAGAGCAAGGUGCUGGGGGGCCAGCCGUGCAAGCCCAACUCGCAGCCUUGGCAGACAGCCUUGUUCCAGGGGGACCAGCUGUUAUGCGGGGGUGUCCUCAUAGAUGACAACUGGGUCCUCACGGCAGCCCAUUGUAAAAAACCGAACUACACAGUCCGCUUGGGAGAGCACAGCCUGCAGAAUAAGAGUGGGCCGGCACAGGAGAGGGCCGUGGCCCAGUCCAUCCCACAUCCCUGCUUCAGUGGCGACAGUGAGGACCAUAACCACGACCUGAUGCUCCUUCGACUACGUGAACCAGCAUCCGCAGGGCCCAGCGUGAAGCCCAUCAACCUGACAGAUCACUGCCCUCAAGAUGGCCAGAAGUGCACCAUCUCAGGCUGGGGCACUAUUACCAGCCCCCAAGAGAGCCUUCCAGAUGCCCUCAACUGUGCAGAAGUCAAAAUUGUGUCCCAGAAGAGGUGUGAAGACGCCUACCCUGGGAAAGUCACCGAGGCCAUGAUCUGUGCCGGAGACAGCAGUGGGGCUGACUCAUGCCAGGGCUCUUCCUGGCUUUGUCCCCGGCAUGGAAACCCCGCCCCCUUUGCCAAUGAUUGGACCCUGAAAACGAUGCUCCACUGCAGUUCUUCCCCAUUGGCCGGGAACACAGUCAUUCCAUCAGUGAUCCUGCCCUGAAAUCAGUUUCUGUGAAUGGUUCUUAGAGAGGAUGGUUUCUCCCCACAGACUCCUGCAAUUAUUGGCAUAGGUACAUGCGUGUGUGCAUGUGUACAGGAACCCUGCUCUUUUUCAUGUUUGGUAACUAGAUUCAAUGAUCUGUUCACCAAAAGCCAGGAAUGGAGAACACAUCAGCUCAGUCCCUGAUGUUUUCUCUUUAGAUGGGACCCUUCAGAGCACUCUCUUCUCUCAUUGGCCGGGGUUUCCCUCACCCCCCCGAGACAAUUUGUCUGGUCCCUUGUAUGUGGAAGACCCCACCCCACUCUCUUAACCUCUCGCUCACCCUAGCCUGCUGGGGCUGACCAGCAGACCCUAAGCAACAGAUGAUUACUCUGACACACGUUUCUGUGAAAGAGAGGGCCAAGGGACUGCCUGGCU